GCUAAUUUGGUGCCUAGUUUGCAUCAGAACGCUCGCGCCGGAAAAGCGGCGUUCCGGCUGCUUUGUGUCGGUUGGCCUGGCAUACAUCUGGAGAGCGAGUACGAGAAGCGACAGGUUGCGGACUUGCUUUUUCAGUACGAUUGUAUUCCGGUCUUUUUGCCUCGUGGGGAGUUCGAUGACUAUAUGACGUUCUGUCAGCAACUGAUGUGGCCGAUUCUGCACGAAGUGGUGCGUCUCAACUCCGUGCUUCCAUUAAGGCUUGCCCUAGUUCGUCUCGAGAAGAAUCUUGGAGGGGUUCGUUGUUUGGUAUUGACAGACUACCAAGAAGAGCAAGAGCAUAGUAUGACUGACAGACUACCAAGAAGAGCAAGUGAUCAUUCAAUAGUAUGACUACCUGCUCAUUGACUACCAAGAAGAGCAAGUUGCUGUUGCUCUUCAGAACGAUUCAAUAGUAUGGAAGAAGAUUCAAUAGUAUGACUACCUGCUCUACUUCAGAAGGAAGAAGAGCAAGUUGCUCUUGCUCUUCAGAACGAUUCAAUAGUAUGGAAGAAGAUUCAAUAGUAUGACUACCUGCUCUACUUCAGAAGGAAGAAGAGCAAGUUGCUCUUGCUCUUCAGAACGAUUCAAUAGUAUGGAAGAAGAUUCAAUAGUAUGACUACCUGCUCUACUUCAGAAGGAAGAAGAGCAAGUUGCUCUUGCUCUUCAGAACGAUUCAAUAGUAUGGAAGAAGAUUCAAUAGUAUGACUACCUGCUCUACUUCAGAAGGAAGAAGAGCAAGUUGCUCUUGCUCUUCAGAACGAUUCAAUAGUAUGGAAGAAGAUUCAAUAGUAUGACUACCUGCUCUACUUCAGAAGGAUUCCAUAGUAAAUGGACAUCUUCAUGGUCCUCUAACUUGCGGCAGUAGUUACGAGAGGGAGGGCACUUGGUCGAGCGCGCCGCGGGCGGGACUGGAGGAGCUGUGGGUAAGCUAUCAGCGUAUCAAUAGUUGCUUCGCGGAUGUGGUCAUACGGACGAGUCAUCACACCGAUCUCUUCUGGAUCCAGGACUACCAUCUCCUCAUGCUCCCGCAGUACCUCACGCGGAAAAUACGGAAGGCAAAGUAGGGCGGAACCAUGUUCUUUUGUGACACUAUAUAUUAUAACUUAGAUAUGACAGGCUAGAAGGUAAAUGAAUGAAUGAAUGAAUGACAACAUAUAACUUAGAUUGAUAAACAGUUGUCAUAUCAGUCAGAAGCUUAUUAAUGUACUUAGAUGGACAGACUGUCACAAGAAAGUGACCGUACUAAGGUAAAUCAAAAAGAGCGUUCAUAUCAGAAGCAUAUUAUAGAUAGAUAGAUAGAGAGACAGACAGACAGACAGUUACAACAAGAAGGUGACCGUACGAAGGUAAGUCAAAAGAACCAACAAUUUUUCUACUUAUGGGCACGAGCUAAGUAAGUACUUGAUGAGGCCGUUGUAUGUACAUCUAAGAGAUUGAUUAUCUGCUGCAAGGAUGUCUUAAUCAAAAUCAUAUUCAAGAAGUCAGCAUUAUCCAGUCUCCAUUCUACGCAUGAUUAUUGCCUAUCCUGCCCUUGACGUUCAUCAUUCCCCUUCCUCUCCUUCAUUCCUCUAUCGGCUUGUACCUGCACACACCGUUCCCGAGCUCAGACAUUUUCAAGUGUCUCCCAUGGCGGGAAGAAAUACUACGUGCGAUGCUAUGCGCAGAUCUUGUAGGAUUUCAGUUUUUCGAGUAUGUCCGCAAGUUCUUCAUCACUGUAAAAAAGUUCUUGGGACUCGACUACCAAUUUCUGCGCUACGGGCAGAUGGCAGUGGAAUACGGCGGCAGGAAUGUAAUUUAUGACCAAGGAAUUUGGAAGAGUGCUUGAGGAAAUGGGUGUGCCCAGUCCUGGCUGAUUGCUGUUGCGGUCGUGGUUUAUUCCACUUCUUUUAGUAAUUACACUGUGAUAGAAGAGAUGAUGAAUGAACUUCGAAUUUUCCCGUGACUAGAGGACAAGUAUCUUUGUUUCAUGCCUCGGUCACAGUUGGUCACGUGAUGGUAAAUGUCGCGGAGGUUGCGCAGGCGGCGAGCAAAUUAGGCGAGCUAAAAGAAGCCCUUAGAGCUGACGACCUUUCGGCUGCGCAGAACACUCAGCGAGGAUUGUUGGAGGACGCAACACACGAGAGACCAGUAGUUGUUAUGGUUUACCGAACAAUUGUAUUCUUCACUACCAUUCAUGAUCUUGACUUGUUUUCCAAUAGGAAGGAAUAAGAAGUCAACAAGGAUGAUCUCUCUGAAGAAUGUAAUGGCGCAACCCCUGCUAAGGUACAGUCGGAUGUUGUUGAGGGUCGUGCCUUGGCAAGAGAAGGAGGAGGAGGAGGGCACUCAGCUGCUCUGUUUAGCAGUGGUGGUGCGGAAUUUGGGGGUCUAGAAUUUGUUCCCGCACGAUCAAGUGGUGCGCGUGUGAUCCAACAAAGCGGCUACUCUGUAGGCACUCCGGGAACCACGACGAGUGUUAAGCAAAGGACUGAAAUAAGUACAAGUACAGUUCGUUGAGCUCCUUGAGCAGAAAAUAACAGCCCCUCUUUUAUUUAAAACUGAUCGAUGAUAGAUAACUAUAACUUGCUUGAGCAAUGAAUUUGAGUUCUUUGAGAGUCUCAAGAUCUGAAUUUUAGACUCUAAGCUGAAUUUGAAAUUUUUUGACUCUAAAGUCGGAUCUCCUGCUACCCUCGCGAGUCCAGAUCUACUUCCGACGCAGAGUAUUUCUGGUUCACUGGCACCCAGCAUCAGUGUGCCAGCCUUGUCCGACAUCGGUGGGUCCUCCAUUCCGAAGAUUGGAGAUAGACUCAGCGAGUGCUCGCUUCGGGGUUUGGCCAAAAUCAAUGAGCAGCUUGAAGACGAGAACGCGGAAUCGCUAUCACCUGACAAGCACGACUCAGAGGAGCGGGACGAAGAUCGAGAAGUACUUGUUCGAAUAAGAGGCCAUUUUUGAAUAGAUUUUACCAUGCUGGUGCUGCACGACUGGCUCGUUGGAAUGUUGUAAUAUUCGAGUAUUAAAAAUAUUGAUGUUCACGUUGAGGGUGUAGUUGCGGCGGCGUAGUAAAAAAUUAGCCGAGAUGUAGUGCUUCUUAUCUUACUCAUGCUGUUACAAGUUUCGCUUUCGUUCCAAAAUCAGGAUACCCUUCCGAACGUCGGCUUCGCAACGACAGUUGUGCAGAGUUCUUUCGCGGAAGGGGAUGACUCGCUGAGCGGGACGUCGAAGACUGGCGAAGCUUCGCCUCUCUGUGCUUCCAUGACUAGUAGCUGUGCCACAACUGUGGUCUUGGCUGCAGAUUCGGCGGUCGAAGGAGUAGUGCAUUCUGGUAGCCCACCUGGCUUGCGCUCCCUUCUGGGCACCUCCACGUCACCACCGGCACCGCUUCGAUUAAGGGUUACCGAAUUACAUCCCGCACUACCCUUCUUGGCUCUUUAUUUCCUACCCGAAGAAAUGAAGCCAGGGAUGUCCCGAAGAGGAGUGUGUUGAUCGUAAUGCUGCACCCUCUAACUCAGCGGGCCGUGACGUUAGGCACCGCGGCCGGGCCAAUGCAUGUGACUGUGGCGAAAAACUUCAUGAAUUCUGGUGAUAUUCAGGACUCUAGCACAUCCCCGCGCCAACCGCAGGCGAGUGUCUUAGGACCAGAUGGAGCUGAGCCGCACCCGGGUGGACCGCAUACGUACGGAGCAGGUUUUCCCCACGACCGAGGGGGCGUGCCACGGUAUGCCUACCCAACGGCACCCGAGCACGUCCAUGCUAGUGGUGUCGCAACCAUCGGCGGACCUGGAGGUGGACUCUACUAUGGUGGCCCUCGUCCACAUCCGAUAGGCAGGUCACACUCGGUGGCACACUUCCGACCACCUCAAAAACUCUUGGCCACCAAAUCAAAGUCACGUCGUAAGUCACGGCAUUUGCGUCGAUUGCUCUCGCUGCGAGACGACUAUGUUAAGGAUUUAGUUGUUGAUCACUAUCUGGUUCUGGUGUGGACUAUGCCGAACAGUGGGCUUACCUUAAAAGUUAUAAGGGGAUGUUGUCAUGUGAGAGAAUACGGGGAAUCGAUCCAGAUCCACUGCCACGCCACAACGGAUAGUGAUUGCCUGGCGUUAACUCAGCAGGCAAGUUCAUCUUCGCGGGUCUUGACCGUUGCGAUGCUCUGGCGGGAGUGAUGCUGAAGAUCCGCAUGUUUCAUGGUUUUCUGGCAGACUAUCCAAGAUAUCAAAACAAUUAAGGCGCACACGAUUUUGAAUGAGUGUAAGAAGGAUUACUAAAACGGCAAGAAACAAAGAAGUGGAAGGACGAGCAUAAUUGUGCAUUUUAGAUUCACCACGCUCGAUGGUCGUUCAGGAGCAAGCUCGUCUACUCUUUUCCAAUAUAAUGAUGGAGUAUCAACAGGAGCUCUAUCGAGGACAAAACACAGUCAAAAUUUUAACGUCUAAGACCGAGUUCUCCUAGUCCAGUGUGUGUACCCCAGUACGACCAGUAUGCUUCCGGCAGACGGACGGAACAAACUCGUGGAAGCACUUCAGGGCUUGGUAACUGAAGUAAAUGACGCCUUUGGAGAGCACAUUCUACUGAUCACAGAUGAGGUCGAACGGGACGAAAAAUUGGCCUUGUUCCGCAGCGCCGAUGUUUUGGUGGACACCCAGGUCCGAGACGGUCUCAAUCUCGGCCCUUUCGAGUUUUUGGCUUGCCAUCAGGACACUAGACGGGUAUUCACCGUGAUUUUGUCGAUGGUUCUUCGUUUUAGUUGUUGAUGAGAACUCGUCGUUUUUCCCUCUCUCUCUCUUUGUCAAUGGAAAGAUAACAUAGAAUAAACCUACUAGUACCAUCCUGAAAAUAGGCAUCGUUGAUUCUUUCGGAGUUUACGGGUUGCUCGCGUGUUUUGCAGGGCGCUAUCCAAGUGAAUCCUUGGAAUACGCAGCAGGUGCAAGCUGCUUGUGAUCGAUGUUGUAGGAUGGCAAUCGCAGAGCGCGUCGAAAGGUAGCGCAUGUGGAUUUUUUUAAGCUUGCUUCAGUAUUAAUACAGCAAACCAGCCUUUUAGAUAGUCUCCGUCUCAAUUUUUCAACACGAUCAUGAUCUGCAAUUAUUGUCAAACCAAGAUCGCUACACUACAACCUUUUUUGUUUUAUACACUCUAGACGCUGCCAAGGCCUACGCCUACAACCUUUUUUAUUUACUCUAGAAGAUCAAGUAGUAGUACACCUGCAGCUACAACAUGCAUGCAUAGUUGUCUAGUGAAUACAUAGCAAUAGUAUCUUCGUCCGUUUAGUGGACGAGGAGGCAGUAAGAAGGGCAACUCCACCAAUUUUAGGUACACGAUCGAUAUGGAUUAUUGCAAGAACCAUUCUCUUUUGAAGUGGGCUUUAGGGUUUUUGCAAGAUUUACGGAGUGCCAGGAAAAAAGACGAGUACAGCUAUAUCUGCUACGGAUUCGGUGCGAAUUACAGACUGAUGUCCCUAGACGCACAGUUUAGAAAAUUGGAGACCGAUGACGUGAUCCAGUCCUACCGAACCAGCCGGACGAGCCGCGUCUUCUUUUUGGAUAAUGUUAUGCUACAACGAGAAGGCCUAGGAAGAGUUCAAUAUUUUAGAACGUUGAUUUGAUAGAUGUUGGAGUUCGUGGCAUUUGCAUGAACCAAUUGAAGAAGCGUUUCGUCCUGUAAGACUCACUUGUGCCCACAACAUAGGAACUUGCUUGAAGUUUAUUUUGCAUCCGUCCUCUUUUUGCAAAGGUCCUCUGAAGCAAGCUAGUUCCCCUUCUCCUUUGAAGUUGUUAGUUCUCCUCUCUUUCAUGCCCAAAGGCACCUUGGCAGCGGAUCUGCGACAUUUGUACUCGCGUCGGGGCGCCGCACCGACGAAUAGCGAGGAGUUGAACUCGAAAGGUGCACCGCCCAGGGAGAGUGUCCUCCAAUGCCUUAGAGAAUUAUCAAGGGAUCCGAAGAACAUUGUCGUGGUCAUCAGUGGGAGAAGUAAGACGCAAAUGCAAGAUUGGUUUGCGUCUGUGCCUAAUAUCGGUCUCGCUGCUGAACAUGGCUGGUGCUACAGGUUGCCGAGCAUUUCGGGGGACGACUGGUAGUACUUACUACCUGCAUAGUAAUAUUGUAGUAAGUACUUGCAUAGUAAUAUUUGUAAUUCGCUUGGGUGUAGUAAGUACUUGCAUAGUAAUAUUAAUUUGUAAUUCGCUUGGGUGUAGUAAGUACUUGCAUAGUAAUAUUUGUAAUUCGCUUGGGUGUAGUAAGUACUUGCAUAGUAAUAUUAAUUUGUAAUUCGCUUGGGUGUAGUAAGUACUUGCAUAGUAAUAUUUGUAAUUCGCUUGGGUGUAGUAAGUACUUGCAUAGUAAUAUUAAUUUGUAAUUCGCUUGGGUGUAGUAAGUACUUGCAUAGUAAUAUUUGUAAUUCGCUUGGGUGUAGUAAGUACUUGCAUAGUAAUAUUAAUUUGUAAUUCGCUUGGGUAGAAGAUGGACAUGGAGUAGAAGAAAUAGUUAGUACAAGAACUCCCUAAGCUGGUCAAUAGAUUUUUUGUUCAACAUUUGAAUUGAAAAUUUGUUUACAAGGCCAAUGCGAUUGUUUACAAGGCAAGGGCAACCUAAUCAAAGGCUUUGAUUAGGUUGCCCUUGCCUUUGGUCCUCAAGAAGAAAACUUCACGAUAUCUUCAGGUAUGUUACGUCACAGGGGGUGGAAAACGGCAAGGACAGUACAUGGAAGAAAAUAGUUUUCGAGCUUUUAAAGCACUAUGUGCAUCGCACGCAAGGCAGUUACAUCGAGAACAAGGGCUCAGUUAAGGGUUGUUGGGACAUUCUCCAUUAUUUAGAAGCCUUCUUCAUCUUUGUUUACUCGUGAUAUUUAACUUAUUACAAGAAAAGAUGUUGCUUAUAAGACGUAAAGAUAAAGAACGAAGGCUUGUAGAAAUGAAUUGAAAUUGUCUCAGCCUCUUCUAACUCAGCAUUAGUAUGGACGUAUCGCGACUCCGAUCCUGAAUUCGGGAGAUGGCAAGCGAAGGAGCUGUCCCAGCAUUUGCGUGAGUUCAUGUUUGCCUUCCCAGUCGAGAUCGUAGAAGGGAAAGGCUACCUAGAAGUCAAACUUGCGGGAGUGAACAAGGGAUCGGCAGUGUCGAAGAUUCUGUCAAAUUAUGGCGAUUCUUUCUCAGAAAGCGGGCAAGAGAUGACAACAGUCAAGGAUAGAAGGUCGAUCUUGAUGUGAUUUUGUAUCUACUACAGGUAGUACGUCGAAGAUAUGUUUUUGUUUCUACGUUGGUAGGUAGUUAGGGGGUUAUGAACACUAUCAAGUACUGGGGACACUAUCAAGCACUGGGGACACGAUGAGGUACUGGGGACACGAUGAGGUACUGCGGACACUAUCAAGUAUUGGGGGCACGAUGAGGUACUGUGGACCCACACGAUGAAGAACGUUCGUCUACGCCAACGAAAGGGAAACAAAGGGAUCUUCUUCUCCUUCUAAUCUCAGAUUUCGAAGAUUCGGGGAGAGCCGGAUUUCAUCCUUUGUAUAGGCGACGACCGCUCGGACGAAGACAUGUUUCAGGUUAUAAAUGCUUAAGGCUGUAGAUAAUGCUUUCAUCUUUGAGAGGGGGCUCAAUGUGAAGGAUCCAUAACCUAACCUAACCUAAGACCUGGGGCGGCCAUACAGUCUCUACGGUGGUCUCGAGUGGCCGUAUAAUGAGAAGGACACACUUGACAUCGUCCUUGUGCUGAAAGUGAUCAUGCACAGUUCUAAAAUGCAAUGCGGGAUGAGCGCGCAGGUCCAGACAGCUGCAGUACGACCGAUGAGACGGCUUCGGAUAGUAGUACCUGGCGUCAGCAACGAUCUAGCUCCAUUAUUGGCGGCCUCUGUAAUCUCGGAAGUGACCAGAUGAACGGUGCUGGCAAGCGAACGGGUAUAUCAUUUCUGAAGUACUAAGUGCCUGCCGAACCCCAAGCACCGUGACAUUGUGAUUUUGGUGUACAGAUAAGAUAAAUUGAUGCAUGGAAAAAGUAACAAAAAAUGAUCAACGGGCGAUUAUAUCCUCUACUACAAUCGAACACCAGCUUAUUUUUCGUGCACCGUGGGUCAAAAACCGUCCAAAGCGAAGUACUUUUUGCAUGACGUGGAUGAGGUGAGCGAUCUGAUAGAUCAGUUGCGGUGUUGCGUGCAAUGGAGCCUGCAAAGAGAUGGCGAUGAGCUGAGGGCUGCCAAAGGACUCGCCAAUCUGCGCUUCGGGGAGCCUGUUGCAAGGAGCGCAACCUCACGAUCUGGAGCCUCGGUUGUUAAGGCCGCUUACUUGCUUGAUACGUUUCUUUUCUUUGAAAACAUUCAUAUACUUUUUUGAUUCAUCAUGAUAUUGUAGUACUAGUUCUUCUAGAGGCAAAAAUUGGAACCACAUCAGGGUGCUAAACCGGUAAAGUUGGUGGUACAACUUGAACUUAUUAUAUUUCGAAAAUGAUGACUCACAGGAAGACGAGUUCGUCCUCUAAAGCACUUUGUUCCGGAGGUGGACUUACUUCUGAGGGUACUUCUUCUACACGACCGUCUUCUACGUUGACAAGCAAGAGCACCAGCAAGCUGAGUGGAAGUAGCGGUGGUGAUGUACCUGCAGGAAGCAAUAGCAAAAAGUUAGUAAGUAGUAAAAGACCACCAGAAGUAGAUGUCGAAGAAGUUGUGAUACGACAAGGAGACGGGUACGACACCAGAGAUGAUUCUACUUCUACUUCUUCCGAUGAAGAUGAUGGAAAGGAUAUUAAUUACGGCAGUACUCGAGGAGAUGAACAACAACAACGUGGAGACAAAUCCCAUUUUUAUGGUUUGCCACAUUGCAAUCUGCGCUAUCAUUCUUGGCCGUUUUUCAAUGGGGAACGAAACAAGUCAAGGAUGGUCUGAAGAAUGCAAUGUCGCAACCUCUAGCAUUUGCCGAACGCGUAUCGCGGACGGGUGUCCUCUGGGUCUAGUACAAGAGGCACCACUAGAAGAAGAACUCGCCAAGAUGAGAAGAUAGACACUUGUUCCCGAAACGUGGAGUCUCGGAAUCAUGGAACAAAUCUCCGAAGCACACGCAAUUCGUCGGGAGAACAGCGAGGACCAUGUGCGCGCGUGCAUCCUGCUGCUCAACAUCGUUAUGAAGAAUCUGACGAAGAGCAGGACGAUGACUUUUGCCGCGACGACGGGACUGCGAGGUCACCACCAGGACACGACGCUGAGCAGCAUUUUUCAGAAGAGCAUUCGGAGCACGGUGGAGGUGUCACGGAGAUCAGGCAAGACAUGCACUCUUCCAGCGAUGAAGAUUCCUUUUCUCCAGCAAGUAGAGGUGGUAACUAUGGUUAAGGCUCCAUACAUUUCACUCCUAAAAGUCACUUGCAUUUCUCAUUCGUGCCAGUACCUUGUUCAGCUUCGAGAGCGGCGGUCAUCUCUUGGUCCUCGACAUCUUCUUUUUCUACAACAUCUUUAUAAAUAUUUUAAGUGGAUGCUUCCGGUCUUUGGUAUAGCCUGAGUUUGAUCAUAAGGGAAAACAAGAAGAGAACCCUUAGAUGAUCCAAUUCAGGCUAUACCAAAGACCGGGGCCAUCCAUUAAAUUUUAGGGUUGGGAGAACAGAUGUUGCAGGCAAAAAGUGAAAUGUUUUGCGCUCUAAUAUGGGGAAAAUCAUGGGAAGCCUCUGUCUCCCCGUAACUCUCUUCCACCGCCGAAGUACACCCGCCAGAGUGCGUCGUCGUCUUGUAGCACCGCGCUCACUCCCGACCAGCGGGAGACAGUGGUAGUAGACUCGAACUGAGGAAUCGACUCCAUCAACAAGGGAAACGGAGUACAACUCAGAAGCAUGAUAGGCGAUUCACGUGGAAAAGUAGUCAUAGGAGUAGGUGAGGCCGAGCCUGAGGCGCUAGUGCUUCCAAAUAUCAUGCAUGCUCCCGAAUAGUACGAUGGUUUCAGUUUUUGAGCUUUUGAUGCAACUCGAUAGGAACCUCCUAUGUAUAUUUACUAAGUAAAUUUUUAUUGUUAAGCGUAGAGAAAGUUAGAACGAGAUGCAGAGGGUAAAAGCACUAUUGGUUUUUCAACGUCUAAGAAAUAUGCUCAAUAGAACAACAGGAGCUUGUUGUUCAUGUGUAUAAUUUCGUAAAUGUCCCCUUUAUUUUCUUGUAUAAAUUCUCAGUCUGUCUUGAGUUCCCCUAGGGUUUGGUCUCAAAGCUGAUUUGGCAAGUCAGAUUGGAGACACAUGACAUGAUGUUACUGUUUUCGUCAAUUGGCCGUAUUUACUAACUAUAUGAUCACUGUGCGUUAUUGAGUGCUUACUUGUUUCUACUUGUAGUUUUUCAAAACUUUCUGACUAGUUCGGGUCAACAGACGGCACGCCGCCACAUGGCUCAAGAAUGCUGACGUCGUGUAUUCCCAUCAUCUUCGGAUUCGAACAGGUGCCGGCGGAGCUCGAUGUGAAGGAUCCAUAAUCUUACCUAACCUGCCUGCACCUCUGAG